AAUAAACGCAGAAUAUCGACGCAUGCGCAGUGUGCAUCAUAUUCUGUGAUUGAUGAAAGAGAGUGGCGUUACACCUUUCUUCACUAUUCGUCUACCUACACGUCACGAGCAAUAUCUCCUUUUUUCAAUUGGCACACGACGGCUGCACAGGCGCCAAAAAACGGGACGUCAAACUUCGAGAAGAAAUAUUAAAACAUCAUCUCUCCAUCGUCAAUCGAUAGUUUGGCAUGAAACGAGAUAAUAAUUGACCGUAUCCUCGCAGAAACAUUCGUACCAUUGAUCAAUAGACCUUCUCCGUGAUUUACAACGCCACAGUGGGAAACCUUUACAUUCCUCCUCCAUUUUCAGAGUCAUUUGAUUGGUGGAUUCUACUCAUUACGUGCUACUCUAAGAUGGCGCCAGUCACAUGGAGUGUGUAUACUACAUGUUUAACCCUAUUCAUGGUGUGCGUAUUAGUAACAUACCACGGCAGUGAGGCCGCAAAGAGGUGUGCGAGGACAUCGGGUUCCCUCGAUGUCGAGGAAUUCAGGUCUGCCCCACCGUCAAAAAUAAAGGAAAUAUUGGAAGCGUAUUUUGAAAGUAGAAGGCCAAAUAAACCUACAUACAGUAGACAAACAUACACAUGUACACCACAGGGCAAGUCGUGUCGUCCCAACGGUAGUACUCCGUGUUGUGGUACCAUGGGAUGUUACAAAUACAACGGUGAGAAGUGCGUCGGGGGUACGAGGUGCAUGUGCAGGAACCCGCUUUAUUCCAUCGAUCCUGGCUUUUAGGAUCGGCCGACAAAAAAAAAUGUUAUUACAAAAGAACUCGCCUUACGGAUGAAGUGACAUUGAACCAGUUUAUAGUCAUUAUGAUACAUUCCCACCAAUUUACCGACUCUAUACACAGCAAAAACUGUGGUGUUUAUCGGUGUACAUAGAGGACCACACCAGUUAUUUUACACCGGUG